AUGAGCCAACCAACCGAGCCCGAAAUCGUUACUGCCAUCGCCUCGUAUAGGCAGCACAUCGUCGAGCACAACAGGCAAGUCUUUGCCAAGCUCGUCCAGCAAGCCGGGACAGCAGAAGCACCUGCCGACUGGGGCGAGGACGACGCCGUCGAAGCCCGACCUGGGGACGACCCUCGGCGCAUUCGGGCGCCUCGUGACGUCCUGGACCGGUGGGAUGAUCUCGUGGCCCUGCCAGAACUCGCGCUCGACGGAACGGUCGUGGAGCACGACGGGGCUCGACGCGCCAUCCUACGUGAGCAGUACCGUGCUGGUUUUGUCGGCGGGCUGCAGCAGCAAGACGACGACGCGCCACCCUUCCCUGCUGACUUUGCCAUGCUUAUGGCCCACGUGGACCGGCUCAAGGGGCCCGGCUGGCCCCUGUGGCGCGAGAAUAAGCAGCAGGUUCGGUUCUGGGACGGGCUGGGCGACGGCGAGGAGGCCGUGGCCCAGCGCGUCUGGACCGACCUCGAUGAGCUCAAGGCCAAGGCCGUGGAGACGAGCUGGGAGGUGCGCGCAGGCUGGGAGUGCGGCGCCGGGCCGGACGCAACGUGCUUUCUCGUCUACUUCCGAGACGCGGACUCGGACGACGAGCGCAGGCGGUCUUGGGCUCGGCGCUAG